UUCGUAUUUUCAAGUUGGUUCAUGAUAUUGUAUGAGGAGCGGGGAUCUUGAUUUUGUUUCCAUAGAAACAAUGAAAUGAAAAUCAAUUUUGGUCUAUUAAUUUUAAGCUAGUUGAUUAGACUCUUGAUCAUUAUAUUAACUGUUGCUAGUAUCAAGAUGCACAAAAAUACUAUAUGGUAUAAAUCCCUGCUAAAUGCAGAAAAGACUUGUUUGAAAGAAGAUAAAAUAAAAAAGAUCCAUUAUAAGUUUGACGAUGGUAAAGAAAUGGUCGAAGAGUACAAUGUAGAUACUCAUGUGUUAUUGCGAAGGGCCUGGAAAAUGAAAGGAAAGUUGGGAGGAGAAGGAAAAUGGGCAGUUGAAGUAGGUGAUCCUAUCCCAGAUGCUACCCCUAUAAUCGAUGGCUUAGAUAUAUCUGAGAGUAAAGAUCAGCCAAGUUUAUUAAAACGUAACACACGUGUUAACAUAGAGUGGAGAAUAAGAAACUUACCAUAUCCCAUAGAAACAUACUCAAUAAAAGCCAACAAUGAAGAUAAGUACAUUAUUAUAAGUACAUCAAAUAAAAAGUACUACAAGAAACUUGAAGUACCAGAGCUGUAUCGACUUGGCUUACCAAUUGAACAGAAAAAUAUUGAUGCCACUCACAAAUAUAAUACUCUCAUUAUAACAUAUAAAAAACCGCAACCACUACUAGACAUGGAUAAAGAUUUGUAUGAAGAGAUAAGUAAAGUGAAACCAAUGACGGAUAUUCCUAAUGAGUGUAAAGCACAGUAGAUGCUCAUUGCAGUUUAAUGACAAUAUUGUAUAAGAUUUGUCAAUAAAAUAUGUAACCCUAAUCUAAAAGUAUUUUAGCCUUAUAUCAUAUUAAAAAAAAAUUGUUUGAAGUGAAGAAACAUACACCAUAUGUGACUGCAUUCAGUCAGUUACAAUAUUUUCCAAAUUAACCAAAGAUACAUACAAUGUCCAAUAAAUGAAAAACUAAAAUUUCCAAAACUUUUCUGUAAUAUUGAAGUGUCAAUGACCCAGGAAUAUUUGAGAAAAUAAAAAUACUAGAUUUUU